AUGGUUGCCUCUCUGAAACCCUGGCCCCUCGUGAUCGCUGUGGCCCUGUGCGUCUUGUUCUGCUUGGGAACCUUAGUCGAUGCCUAUCCUCCCAAGCCAGAGAGUCCUGGAGACGACGCUUCCCCGGAAGAAAUGGCCAAAUACUUCUCAGCUCUCCGGCAUUACAUCAACUUGGUGACGAGGCAGAGGUAUGGCAAGAGAGCCAGCCCAGAGACCUUGAUGUCAGAGCUCAUUUUUGGAGACAGCAGCAGCAGCAACAACAAUGACCAAAAUGGCAGAUCACGAUUUGACGAUUCCUAUAUGUGGUGACGACCUUCUCACUCCCCAUCCGACAGCUUUGUCGGUUAUAAUUCUGUUGUGUCGUUUGCAUUUUUUGGAAAAACAAUCAAGCCUUGAUGAGCUGAUCCCUUUCUUUAGAGGGCCUGUCCUCUCCCUAUCCUCCAGUUCCC